AUAUUAUAAAAUAAAUAAAUAAAUAAAAUGAAUAGAGAGAGAGAGAGAGAGAGAGAGAGAGAGAGAGAAGGGUUUGUUAAAGAGAUAAUUGGGUUUUAGGCAUUUGAGGUUUUAGUCAUCAAAGUCUCCAAACAGGAAACCUUCGGGUUAUCUUUAUAAUCAUGGCAAGGUCAUUAUCACACAUGCUAUUAAAGGGAAUUUCAGGUCUCUCCACUGCUAGUUCUACAAGAACUGCUACUGGAUCUUUCGUCCAGUACGGGAGAAGAUUCUCAAAUACUAAUGAUUCAGAUACACAUGACGAUUUUAAGCCUACUAGUAAGCUUGAUAGCUCUAACCUAUCUUUGAAGGACAUUGUUGAGCAGGAUAUCAAGGAAAAUCCUGUAAUGGUUUACAUGAAAGGUGUUCCUGAUCUUCCUCAGUGUGGAUUUAGCUCACUAGCAGUUAGGGUGUUGAGUCUAUACGAUGUUCCUUUGAGUGCUAGAAAUAUUUUGGAAAAUCCCGAGCUGAAAACUGCUGUAAAAGCCUUCAGCCAAUGGCCAACAUUUCCACAGAUAUUCAUCAAGGGAGAGUUCAUAGGUGGUUCAGAUAUUAUUCUCAAUUUGCACCAGACCGGUGAACUGAAGGAAAAGCUUAAAGAUGUCACGGUCAAUCAGGAAAAGUCUCAAUGAAUUGUUGGAUUCGGAAGAGAAGAGACUCAGCAGCAUCGUCGAUUUUUGGUCUUAACAUGUUUCUAAAAGUUUGAGGGGGCGAUAAAUUUGAUUUGUUCUCAUUUAUACUCUGUAGAGCUGCAUAUCGAAUUUUUGUUUGUUUGUUUUAUUGAGCAUGAACACAAACAUGAAUUGUACCGAAAGAAGUGUCAACAACGCUAGCUCGGACCUCAGUAGCGGGCAAGGGAAUAAGGUAAGGGAGAAGUCUCUGGUUUGGAACUUGUGAGCUCUUGUUAUUUUUCUUUUACUUUUUUUUUGAUCAUAAGCACCAAACAAAUGUGCUAUUUAUAUAAAAAGAAAAAAAAUGUAAUGAAAUUGGCUUAUUAUGAGGACUUUUGUGAUCUAAAA